AUGACUCAACCCAGCAGCACCUCCGUUCCCCAAACCACCUCCACUUCCAGCAUACCAAAUACCAGGAACCAACUCCCCACACCCGAGCCCGAGACAACUCCCAACACAAUGGGCCAGCCAAACACCAGCCACAGCGCCUCGUCCGCUCCAGACCCUUCGUCCGAGUUCGACUUCUCCAUGUACGAGGCCUAUUCGGACGGCGCGAUGGCCCGCUUCCUCCGCGCCGUGUACGGCAACCGCGAACUUGCAGAGCAGUGUGGGCUCAUCAAGUUCCAGCUGCCGGAAGAUGGAAUCAUCGAGUCUGGCGUUGUGGAGUUCUUGGGCGUGGAUGUGGAGAACUUGCUCACGGAAGAUGAGGGCGAUGAGGACGAUGAUGGGGACAAGGAGAAGACCACCCCGGAGCAGGCUGCGGAGGCGUUGGAGAUGCAGCUCGUGUUAUUUGGAGGCAAGCUGGAGCGCAUUCCGCUCAAGACGGUCAUCUCGAUGUACCUUCUUCUCUUCUCCGUCUGCCCGAAUGUCGAGACCAUCGAGGUCGAUGCGGAAAUCGCUGCGGUCAUCGACCGGGAGGAGCUGGGAAUGCGGUUCCCGAAGCUUGAUAAGGACCACACGGAAGACUGUUGCCUCAGUGGCGCCGUGGUACGGAUUGGGAUUACGCCGGAAGAGUAG